AGGAAGUUAUGGUAACACGAGACCAUAUUUGAUUUUUUAUUUAUUUUUUUUAUUUUUUUAUUUUCAGGAAACGUUGUAAAAAUUGAGCAGAUAAGCGUUACACGGACCCCGUUUCCCUCUUUAUGGUGUUGUAGUGCUGUACAAUACUUUCAAACGUAAUAUCACAAAACUAGAAAUUAGCAGUUUGUUGCAGUUUAAGCAUACGAAAUACAUUAUCAUCAAUGUAAUGUGAACCAGAAUUGUAUAAAUGAAUAGCCGGUAAGUGCCGUUUACACAGUUUGGGCUAUUCUGUGUUUUUUUUCGUUGAUGGUGGUGUUGCAAAUCUUAUUGCAAAGCUGGAACCUUCCCAAUUACAAUUUGAACAUAGAUCAGCAAAAGAUAAUAAAAUAAACACACACACGCUUCAGAUAACAUUUUAUGUCAAUUAUGUCAACAACAAUAAAAGCAACCAAAUAUUUAUGCACAGUAUGUAAUUAAACAAAUCUCUUUCCCGCCUAGCCAAAAUAAAUAAAUUAAUCAUUUCCAGAACAAAACACUUUGAACAUGGGUAUCCCCAAUGAAUAUGUUUUGUCACACUGUUAUGAUUUUAACGAUUGAGACGAAUGUGUAUUGCGUAGGUUAUUUUAAAAAGUUUUAGUUAUAACUCAAAUCUAAAAAAUACAUAGGCCCAUAUUUAAAUUAGAACAAGGUUGCAUUACUAAAUUUAGGAUUUAAUCGACUUACUUGAUUGCUGACAGCUGUGUCUGAGCCAGACACAGGCCCCAUGUGAUCGCUUCUAUUCCCAGCUUUGCCAGUUAAAAUUAGACGCACUCCCGUCCUCUCCCGUGCCACCCCGAGUCAGGUUAGCAGUGGCAUAUGUGCUAAUGCAGGCGCAUUAAUUUGACAUUGAGGAGCAAAGCAACAACUUGAAUGGCUAUGUUUCCAUUUCCCCUCAUUUUUUAAAGAAGGGAUAAUUUAGGUAUUGUUUCCCUCCAAGCAUCAGGGAUUAUGUUGUAAAAAGGUGUGAUGCACGUCUUCAGCCAGUGGGAGAGAUUGUGUGCCUCUGUGUGUUCGGAACCAUGGCGGGGGUAGCAGUGUGUUCAGGAGCGGUAGCCUCUGUCAAAGCGCUAUGGGAAGUCAGGAUACGGAAGCAUCAAGAAGAUUUACAGAAAGAUCGAGCACUGCAUGACAGAGGGUCGGUGGGCAGGCUGGCGAACGCGUGGGAAGACAGGAUAGCCCUGGCGAAGCUGAAAGAGAAGGUUGUAACUGAGGAGGGGAGGAUCGUUUUAAGGAUCGAGAAGGAAGAAUGGAAGUCUCUGCCCUCUGCCCUGGUACACAUGACUAACCUGCAGGAGUGGCAGCUUCACAGAACUGGACUGCUGAAAAUCCCCAGAUUUGUAGGGAAAUUUGACAACCUUCUUGUGCUGGAUCUGUCAAGAAACUCCAUCACUGAGAUUCCCAAGGAAAUAGGCCAGCUGACCAAACUGAGAGAGCUGCUAAUCAGCUACAACAAAGUGAGAAGAGUCCCGGAGGAGCUGAGUGACUGUGAGAGCCUGGAGAAACUGGAGAUUGCUGUUAACAGGGACCUGAGCGACCUCCCUCCCCAGUUAAGCAGACUGAAAAACCUUUACCACCUGGAUCUGUCACUAAACCAGUUUACUACAAUCCCAGACACAGUUCUCAGCAUGCCAGCACUGGAAUGGUUGGAUAUGGGAGCUAACAAAAUCCAAAAGCUCCCUGAAGACAUUCACAGAAUGGAAAAUCUACACACCCUGUGGCUGCAGAGGAAUGAGAUUACUUGCUUGCCAGAAACAAUCAGUAAAAUGAAAAACCUGGGCACCCUUGUGCUAAGUAACAACAAACUCCAGGAUAUCCCAGCUUGUAUGGAAGAGAUGGAAAACCUCAGGUUUGUAAACUUCAGAGAUAAUCCACUGCCACUGCAAAUAACUCUACCGCCAUGUGACAACCCUGCAGAGGACGAGGACAGAGAAAUGUUUGGAAAGGAAUUCAUGAAAGCUUACAUCCAGGAGUCAAAAAAGAGAGAAAUCAGUUACACUUCUGUAUUAACUCUGAUGAUUGAUGCAGUGGAACAGAAGAUUUGCACCUGACAUUUGCAAUUUGGGAUUAUUGCUUUCU